AUGGCUACGUCUGCCAAAGGCACUGUGCAUCAUCAGGUUGCCGAACCGUCUCACCGGAGCGACCAUAUCGCCAUUCAAACCGAGACCUUUGCUAUUGAUGAAGAUGCGCUAGGUAAAAAUCUACCGCGGAACUAUUACUACAGCCCCGGCUUCGUUGGAACCGUCGUUGCACUGUGCCUUGGAAACAUAUCCAACUACUUAGGAUGGAUUAUGCCAUCCAACUCUCUGCUACUUAUCAACGCAGAUAUUGGUCCGUCCGCCAACAUAACAUGGGUCGCCCUGGCCUAUACCCUAGGUCUCAGCGUUGGCUUCCUCAUUGUUGGUCGUCUGUCAGACAUCUUCGGCCGCCGCUGGUUCUUCGUCCUCGGAAAUGGGUUGGCUCUCCUCUCGGGCAUCAUUAACGCUACUGCCUCCCGCGUCGAAGCAAUCAUUGUCGGCAACACCCUUGGUGGGCUCGCUGGAGCAGUGCAGAUAUCAUUCACCGUUGCAAUUGCAGAACUUGUCCCCAACAAACAUAGACCGCUCUGGGUUGUCGGCAUAUUCGCCAGCAGUUUCCAGAUCGCCUGCUUUGGGCCCGUCAUUGCGCAAAGUCUGGCCGCCCAUACCGCAGCUAGCUGGAGAUGGUCCUUCUAUCUGAACAUCAUCGUUGCUGGCCUUGCUGUUAUACUAUUUUACUUCUUCUACCACCCGCCUAACUUCCAUCUACUGCACAAGAACCGGUCGAAGAUGGAGCAGUUCAGGCGCAUGGACUUUGUCGGAUUCGUUUUGUUCACCGGAGGCCUGGCCGUCUUCAUCAUGGGUCUCUCCUGGGGCGGCACUGUUUAUCCUUGGGGCUCGGGGCAUGUCGUUGCGACCAUAGUGGUCGGCUUUAUAGCGCUGGUCGUCUUUGUACUCUACGAUGCAUACUUCCACCGCGGUGAUCCUCUGCUGCCUAUUCAUCUCUUCAAGUCUCGCGGUUACCUCGCAAUGGUCAUUACGGCUAUGGUUGGUUCCUGCGUGUAUUAUAGUAUGAACGUACUAUGGCCUUCACAAAUUGCCUACCUCUUCCCGGGGACGCCAGAGCAUAACGGCUGGCUAGCAUGCGUUAUCGGCGGCGCCACUCUGCUUGGCCAAAUAGUGGGCGGAGCACUCUGCCAGUACAUCAAGAGAAGCCGAUGGAUCCUCAUUGGCUCCUGCGCCUCUCUUCUUGCUUUCUCAGCCUCCAUGGUCUCUAUUCAGCCCGGUGACGAGACGAAAGCCAUCGCGUUGAUGUUCAUGGCAUGUUUUUCAGUCGGUAUUAUCGAAACUUGCUCAUUGGCGCUGGCGCCAUUGGCUUGCCCGUCUGAGGAUAUAGGUGCCGCAUUGGGUGCUUUGGGGAGUAUCAGGAGCGGUGGCGCGGCUGUUGCAACGGCGAUCUUCGUAACGGUCCUGACGAACAAGAUGACGCAGUUCGUGCCCGCUUACGUGACACCCGCGGCGCUGGAAAGUGGUCUGCCAGAGUCCUCUCUUGUGCCCUUGUUCGGCAACAUGACCACUGGAACUCUGAACCUUGUUCCGGGCAUCAAUCCCCAGAUCAUUGCUGCGGUCGCUGCAGCGAACGCCCGCGCAGCAGCUGAUGCGUUUCGGUACGUGUGGUACGCUGUGAUUGCCUUUGCAGUUCUAGCUGUCAUUGCGGCGUGCUUGACCAUCGACUACGGCGAGCACUUGACGGACGACAUCGCUCGUAAGAUGCAUGGCAAGACGGUUCAUGUGCCAGAACAAGGACAACGUGAUGACGGUACCUUGGGAGAAAAGAGGGUCUGA